AAAAAGAAUCGAGUUGUCUGUUGGUCUUCUGAUUUGUGUGUUUGUGGCCGUUCGAAUCGCGUCAACGUUCCCGCUCUGCUAUUAGCGCGAAGCAAAUAAACACAUUUACACACACAAUAAAACGGAGAACAACCCAAGUUCGAGACCCGCGACUAAGCCAUAUAAAGCGGCUCUACCAAAAUGCCGCGUUCGCAUUUCACUAGGAGGCAUUGUCUAGCGAUGACGGGCGGCUUAAUUGCAUUGGCUUUGCUGAUCUUGUGCUUUACACACUCGACGGUCAUCUCGGGCAAGAUCACCGAUCCCGGCACCGACGAGUCUACGCUUGAGCUGUUGCAUGUGGUCUUUCGACAUGGCCCACGCACACCGGCGGACACAUAUCCAACGGAUCCCCAUGUAAAUGAAACCUACUAUCCAUUUGGCUGGGGACAAGUAACAAAUAAUGGCAAACGCGAGCUGUUCAACAUUGGAAGUUGGCUGCGUAAGCGUUAUGGCAAAUUCCUGGCACCCUACUACAGUCCCGAUUUGGUGCACGCACAGGCAACGGGUGUGCCACGCACACACAUGACCAUGCAAACAGUGCUGGCCAGUUUCUUUCCACCGAAAGGUACGCCCAUGGAAUGGAACAGCAAAUACAAUUGGCAGCCCAUACCGGUCUUCUCCCAGGAGCUAAAUGAGGAUACGUUACUUCUUGUGCGCACACCCUGUCCCCGCUACUUCGAAGCCCUGCACGAAGUUUAUGAGCUGCCCGAGGUGAAGAAGGAAAUCGAGCCCUAUCUGGAUAUGUAUAAGGAGCUGGCAGCCCACACUGGGCUCAGCUUCAAUGAACCGGAAGAUGUGCAAUCGUUGUAUCUGACAUUGCUCGCGGAACAGGAAUGGGGUCUAGAGCUGCCCGAAUGGACGAAGCAAUAUUUUCCCGAGAAAAUGCAGUUCCUAACCGAACAAAGCUAUGUGUAUAAUGUGUAUACGCCCGAGAUGCAAAAGAUCAAGGCGGGUCCGUUCCUGAAGAAGAUGUUCAACGAAAUGCAACAGAAGCGCAACGAAACCCUCAAGCCCGACAAGCGCAAGCUCUUUAUCUAUACGGGUCACGACUCGACUGUGGUCAAUGUGCUGUCUGCUUUGAAGAUCUGGGAGCGUCAGCUGCCGCGUUAUUCGGUCAUGGCACUGUUUGAGCUGCACAAGAACAAAGAAACCGGCGAUUACUGGGUGGAGAUUUAUUUCCGUAACAAUCCUAAGGCGCCAGCUCAAAAGUUAACUGUGCCCGGCUGUGAGUUCCAGUGUCCGUUGGAUAAGUUGCUCGAGUUGGUUAAAGAUGUGGUGCCCAGCGAGGCAGAUGCCAAGCGAUGCGAUGCCCAAAAUGAGCAAUUCACAGAGCCGCCUUUGCGUGGCCCAUAGAAAGGCUAAAUAGAGGAGGAUGUUUAUUUCUGGAAUCGAACAGGUGCUAAAACUCAGGGAGCCACAAGUUAGUUAAGUUAACCAAUCUUUUAAGUCUAUCUAUUAAAGAUCAAGUAGAAAUUUGCA